AAUAAAAAACCGGACAUUAAUAACCGGAAAAAAGUGUAGCUGUGCAAGCGACAGAGUGAAAAAAACAUGACGGUGGGCGCAGGCAUUUCCAUAGAACACGACGGCAACCUUAAAGUCCUAGGUAAAACUAUCCUCACCAACGUUAAUAAUGACAAUGUCUUUCUUACCCCUGCCGUCGCUGAUCAUCUCCCCAAUGCUGCUUUCAUCGGCGUUCGUUCCGAUCAUGUUGGUAGCCGCCGUGUCUUCCCCCUCGGCAAACUCGAGGGGUUGAGGUUCAUGUGUGUUUUUCGGUUCAAGAUGUGGUGGAUGACGCAGAGAAUGGGGACUUGUGGUAAAGAUGUGCCUUUUGAGACCCAGUUUUUGUUGGUGGAAGCUCCGGGUGGUGAGCUGGGAGAUUCUAAAGCAGUGUAUACUGUCUUCUUGCCAAUUCUUGAGGGUGAUUUUAGAGCUGUGCUUCAGGGGAAUCAAGAUGAUUACUUGGAUGUUUGUUUAGAAAGUGGAGAUCCAGCUGUUGAUAGAUUUGAAGGGAGUCAUUUGGUGUUUGUUGCUGCUGGAUCCAACCCCUUUGACCUCAUCACAAAUGCAGUCAAGAGCGUUGAGAGACAUCUACAGACAUUUUGCCAUCGCGAAAGAAAGACAAUGCCUGAUAUGUUAAACUGGUUUGGCUGGUGUACAUGGGAUGCAUUCUACACCGAUGUUAAUGCUGAGGAGAUUAAGCAAGGAUUGGAAAGUUUCAAGAAAGGUGGGAUUUCCCCAAAGUUCGUUAUUAUUGAUGAUGGCUGGCAAUCAGUUGAUAUGGACCCAACAAGCACUGAAUCAAAAGCUGAUAACUCAGCAAACUUUGCAAAUAGGUUGACCAAUAUCAAGGAGAACCACAAAUUUCAAGAAGAUGGGAAAGAGGGCUACAGGGUGGAGGAUCCAGCAAAAGGAUUGAGGCACAUUGUUAGCUACAUCAAAGAGCAACAUGCUGUGAAUUAUGUCUUUAUGUGGCAUGCAAUAACCGGUUACUGGGGAGGUGUAAAGCCAGGUGUUGCUGAAAUGGAGCACUACGAGUCCAAACUGGCUUUUCCCAUUUCAUCUCCAGGGGUUGAGUCUAAUGAACCUUGCGGUGCUUUUACGUGCAUGGCCAAAAACGGGCUAGGCCUUGUUAACCCUGACAAAGUAUUUAGCUUCUAUGAUGAACUGCACUCUUAUCUUGCAUCUGCUGGAAUAAAUGGUGUCAAGGUGGAUGUUCAGAACAUCCUUGAAACUCUUGGGACAGGCCAUGGCGGAAGAGUGAAACUGACAAGAAAAUACCAUCAGGCACUUGAAGCAUCAAUUUCUAAGAAUUUCCCUGGUAAUGGAAUCAUAUCUUGCAUGAGCCACAACACAGAUAGUCUAUACAGUGUUAAGUGGGCUGCGGUCAUUAGAGCAUCAGAUGACUUCUGGCCUAGAGAUCCAGCAUCACACACAAUACAUAUCGCAUCAGUUGCUUACAACACCAUCUUUUUAGGAGAGUUUAUGCAGCCAGACUGGGAUAUGUUCCAUAGUUUACACCCGAUGGCUGAAUAUCACGGGGCAGCCCGUGCAGUGGGAGGCUGUGGAAUAUAUGUUAGUGACAAGCCUGGGCAUCACGAUUUUGAACUGCUGAAGAAGCUUGUACUUCCUGAUGGCUCUAUAUUAAGGGCCAAACUUCCCGGGAGACCAACUAGGGACUGCUUGUUUUCAGAUCCUACAAGGGACGGUAGGAGCCUUUUAAAGAUAUGGAAUCUAAACGAUUACAAUGGAGUUGUUGGAGUCUUCAACUGUCAAGGUGCUGGCUGGUGUAAAGUUGAGAAGAUAAAUCUCAUCCACGAUGUUCAACCUGGAACAGUUACUGGCAAUAUUAGAUCUAAAGAUAUUGAAUAUUUGCACAGAGUUGCUAACGAGGAUUGGUGUGGGGAUGCCGUUGUCUAUUCACAUCGCGGUGGAGACAUUGUUUAUCUUCCACAGAAUACAUCUGUGCCUGUCACACUGAAUGCACGUGAAUACGAAGUCUUUACAGUAGUUCCUGUCAAGAAACUGUCCACAGGGGAUACUUUUGCAGCGAUUGGCCUAAUCAACAUGUUUAACUCAGGAGGAGCAAUCAAAAAACUGAAGUAUGAAUCCGAUAAAGACGAAUCUGUUAACAUCAAAGUUCGCGGGUGUGGCAAGUUUGGUGCAUACGCUUCAGUUCGACCUAAAAGAAUAACAGCAGGUACACAUGAGAUAGAGUUUGAGCACGAAGAGAAGUCCGGAUUCAUCACAUUUACGCUGACAGAACCAGUUCAAGAUUCAUACCACUGGGAUGUGAUUGUCAUCAUCUGAUUUAGUCAUUGAUUCAGUGUUUAUAUUCUGUGAUCAAAAUUUCAGCAUCCAUAAGUAAAUUAAUUGAACCUUGCUUGAAACUCUACAACAUUGUAGAGAAAUAAUAUCCACUCUUUGAUCUCAA